AUGAAGCUCGCACCCGUUCUAUCCAUCCUCGUGGCCGGCCUCUCGUUCGCCAGCGCACAGGUCUGCCCCGACAAGAACCUGAUGGAGUGCUACGAGUACUGCGACUUCAACAACAAGCCCAACGAUGCAUGGGUGGGAGAAGCUGGCCUCGUUGGUCGGUAUACAGGCACUCAAUACAUGACGAUUCCAGCAUAG